GGAAGAUUUUAUGAAUAUAUAAUUUCCAGAAAGAAUACUUUAUAUAUUUUAUACUAACAUGCAGGGCUCGUAAGUAAGAUACAUGAUAAUAGUGACGUUAUGGAAAGCGCGUGGGUUGUUCUGUUUUGGAUUGUGGCUUACGGUGUUGAAUCUAAAGUUCAAAACGCUGCUCCAGUUUUCUCAAAACCCCAGACAAAUGACCAACAGACUUCAUGCUUUGAAAACAUUGGCUUAUCAUUGAGCAUAUACCGCGUGUCCGCAAGUGACGCUGAUGGAGAUACUGUUACUGUGGCAUUCCACAGCCAGAACCCACCAGAGCCGCCAUUCCAAUUAACGAAAGCAAUUAUUGGAUGGAAUCUGAUGACUCCAGCAUCGACCGCCAUCGACCGAGAAACUACACCAACAUUUAAAUUUGUAUUUAGUGCCACCGAUGGUACUUAUACUGUACAAAGCGUUGAGCUGACUUUGAUUUUAACGGACCAGAACGACAACAGCCCCCAGUUCACCGCCAUCUCGUACUCAGCUUCUGUCUACGAUACAGCGUCUGCUGGUGCAGUCAUAUUAACAAUACACGCCACGGAUGCAGAUGUUUCUGCAUCUAUUACGUACACAAUAACAGAGGGAAAUGUCGCGGGAACAUUUUCCAUAGCGUCAGACACUGGAGAACUGAAACUUGACACACCUGGCAACCUCAACUCAGCCACCACAGCCACAUAUAGCCUUACCGUAGAGGCCAGUGACGGUACAAAUACCAACGCCACUACAGUGACCAUACAUGUUUUAGGUGUCUUUAUAAGUUCGUCAGAUGGCGUUGUGCUUACACUGACUCCGUGCCAGAGAGGAUGCACUGUUAUUGCUGGGAUAGCGUUCAAUAUCACGUGUCAACGUUCAGACGCUGCUGUGGCAUGGUUCACGUGGGACAUUGACAAUGGUCAUACACAUGUUCGCUCUAACGCGCUAACUCAAACACUGGCAAUAGCAAGAGCGGGCGUCAACAGUACACUAAGUUUUGUUCCCGAAAGAAAACACCAUGGAUGGAACAUUUACUGUUCGGCAUAUAAAAUAGAGGAUAAAAGCCCUUUUUAUGCAGAGAGGACACGACUACAAGUGUUAUAUGGACCAGACAAACCCAUUUUCAAAGUAGGAGUACAAUACAUGAACUCAACCACUGUAAAUAUAAUAGAAGGAAAAAACAUCUCCGUAGAGUGCUGCGGAAACAGCAACCCCUUGGCCGCAGUAACUUGGUACAAUACACGUUCACAAACAAAUGGGGCUUGGCUUAACUUUACGAACAUUAGCCGCAAUAGCGAUGGGAUAUUCACAUGUACAUUGGAAAAUCAAAUGAAAGCCUCAGACAACAACGAGCGAUAUGGGAGAAACGAAAGUGAUCUAAAUUUGGAAAUUCUCACACCACCAACGGCACCUACCAUAAGUUACAGCGGUAAUCACAUUCUAAAGAGUAUCAACAUCAUCGAGGGAAAAGACUAUGACUUUUACUGUACUAGUUCAGGAAAACCAUCACCUCAGAUUGAUUGGAAACUGUUGAAUAGUACGACAGAACAUGACGUAUUGCAAAUCCGUAAAGUUGGCGCAUUACACAACACGACAAUCACCUGCUGCGCCAAGAACCACAUGAUACCAGCAGUUGGUGUUCCGGAGCAUGGGUUGGAGUGCACACAUCUAAAUCUGAAUGUUUUACAUAAGCCAACGUUUGCUUUCAAUGACACGUAUGAUGUCAAGGAGAACGAUUCGUUCAACGUAACAUGUACACAGCAAAACAUGAACACGGUGGUCACGUGGGUGAGGCAAGGAGACGACAAGUGGUCAGAGAGCAACAACACAAUAUACUGGACAGAUGUCAGAAGGGAGCAAUCUGGCAAUUAUACAUGCAAAUUACGAUAUUCGAUCACGGAUUCAUUUAAGAAUUUCAGCAGCGGUGACUCUGAACAUUCAUUCCAUUUAAAUGUUGAAUAUCCGGCGAGUGUAAUUACCUUUGAGGCUGUGAGACACAGUGACUCUAUCGUUGUAAAUGAGAAAGAAAGCGUGACCUUCAGAUGUAAUGCCACAGGAAACCCUAGUCCAAAGAUACAAAUAAAGAACACCAAUCGUGUACAAAAGCAACGAAAUGCGGUUUCUCUCAGAUAUACGGAAAACAUGACAUGCACACACACGGGCAAAUACUCGUGCUAUGCCAGGAAUAUCAUAAACGAAGAAGAGUCAAAAUCUAAAGACAUCGACGUUGUCGUUAAAUGCUCCCCGCGACCUGCUUCAAACAUGCCUUCAGAGCUCAACUUCACGACUACCCUACAUUCAAUUGUUGUACUGAACUUCACAGUGAUUGCGUAUCCAGAACCACAACCUUCAGACUAUGUUUGGAAGAAAUGUGAUGUUGAAGAAUCGAAUGGACAUUUACAAUGCUUCCCACUUGUUGAUGAAGGGCACUUUAACGUCUCAAUAGUUGAUUUAACGUCGUAUCUAACGAUUUCAGAUUUCAUUCAGCAUGAUAUUGGGCGAUAUGUGUUGACUGUGCAAAAUGGUGUUGGUAACGCAUGGAAUCAGACGUUCCUCGUCGUGAUCAAAGAUAAGCCUGAAGCACCGCUGUUGUUUUAUGAAAGCACAGCUCCGCAUUCCGUCAUUCUAAAAACGACUGCAGGCUAUAGCGGUGGCAUCUCACAGUCAAUAAUACUCCUUUACAAAAACAUACACGCUUCGGAAUGGAUCAAAGUAGAUGCGAUAAGUGAUGUUCCCACAAACUAUACCUUUUCGUGCACAUUAACUGGGUUAGAUUCCAAUAUGAACUACAGUGCAAUGACAUAUGCUAGCAACGAAUUAGGGAAUUCCACAACUGUGUCUAUAUACUUCACACUUGCGGUACUCGAAAAAUCAUAUAAGCCCGAAGCACCGCUGUUGUUUUAUGAAAGCACAGCUCCGCAUUCCGUCAUUCUAACAACGACUGCAGGCUAUAGCGGUGGCAUCUCACAGUCAAUAAUACUCCUUUACAAAAACAUACACGCUUCGGAAUGGAUCAAAGUAGAUGCGAUAAGUGAUGUUCCCACAAACUAUACCUUUUCGUGCACAUUGACUGGGUUAGAUUCCAACAUAAACUACACUGCAAUUACAUAUGCCAGCAAUGAAUUAGGGAAUUCCACAACUGUGUCGAUAUACUUUACACCUGCGGUACUCGAAAAAAUAUCACUGACGUAUUCACUUGCUGGCGGCGGUAUUGGUUUGUUGGUCUGUAUUGUUGUGGCAUUUGUGGUUUACAAGUUCAAAUGUCGUCAUCAUAGCGGAGUUAUCAAAAUCAAAGCGGACAGGGAUGAGGUCGUUGAGAACCCAAUGUAUAUUCCUGCUGGCGAUUCUUUCUUGUACCAAGUUUCCAGAAUUAUUCCAGAAUUACCUCAUCCUUCGGCGGAUGAUGCAACAAUAUACAGCUCUCCAUACUCUUAUGGGAAAGAAGCACCGUACGAUGCAGAGAAAAAUGUUUCGGAAAACAUUUACCAUAACGUUUAUGAUGAUGUUCAAUGUGGCGAGUUUGAGGAAGACGAAUUCUGGUCUGACUUUAGUGAUGAAGAUUGCGAGGUCAACCCUUCUGAAGUCGGACAAUCAGUCUCAACACUUUAAAGUCAAACAAUUAAUUUAUGAUAAUUGAAGACUUAUGUUCAAAAUGCAAUGUGUUAAACGAAACUGUCUUAGAUAAUACGUUGUAUCAAAAAUAUUGUAAGCUAUAUUAUACUGGCAAAAUAUAUGUAUACAAAAAAGAAACACGAGAUGUGUUUGCCAGAAUGGGCCACUUUGUAGCCAUAUAUUUGACCUUUGACUUUGAAGGAUGACCUUGACCUUUCACCACUCAAAAUGUGCAGCUCAAUGAGAAGUAAGAGAUUGAAAGCAGAAAUGAAUUAAUUUUUUUUUACCUUUUACCUUGAAGGCUGACAUUGACCUUGAUCUUUCACCACUCAAAAUAUUCAGCUCCAAGAGAUACACAUGCAUGCCAAAUAUCAAGUUGAUAUCUUCAAUAUUUAAAUAGUUAUGGCCCAUGUUAAAGUUUUCGGACGGACGGAAUAUUUGACAUUUGACCUUGAAGGUUGACCUUGACCUUCAUCUUUCACCACUCAAAAUCUUUAGCUCUAGGAGAUACAGAUGCAUGCCAAAUAUCAAGCUGCUAUCUUCAAUAGUGAAAAAGUUAUGGCCAAUUUUAAAGUUUUCGGACGGACGGACAGACGCCAUAUAUUAGACAUUUGACCUUGAAGGAUGACCUUGACCUUGACCUAUCACCACUCAAAUUGUGCAGCUCCAUGAGAUGCACAUGCAUGCCAAAUAUCAAGUUGCGACGUUAAAUAUUGAAAAAGUUGUGACCAUUAAAGGGGCCUUUUCACAGAUUUUGGCAUGUUUUGAAGUUUGUCAUUAAAUGCUUUAUAUUGAUAAAUGUAAACAUAACAUAUUAAAAGCUCCAGUAAAAAAUCAAAAAUAAAAUUAAAAAAGGGGAAAAAAGUAGCCCGCAGCAGGGCUCGAACCAGAGACCCCCAGAAUCCUGAAGUUAAAACGCAUUAGCCAACUGAGCUAUCCUACCCAGCACACAUAAGCUGCGUAUUUUAUACCUUAUAUAAGCAAUCUUCAUGGUUUCACAAAUUUAAGCGACAACAACAGAACUUUCCAAAUUAUUCAAUCGUUUCGCGUUGCAACGCUUUAUAAUUUUUAGGUUUUUAAAUCGUCAAAAGAUGCAUAUACUUGCUAUAUUAGACCAUGGCAAAUGUUCAGUAAUACUAUUUUCUCACAAAUACCAUAACUAAACCGAAAAUUUGCGAAUCUGAAACAACAGUCUUCAAUUUUGUCAAUUUACCAAAGCGUGAAAAGAUCCCUUUAAAGUUUUUGGACGGACGGACAGAUUGACAUACUGACUGACUGACGGACAGUUCAACUGCUAUAUGCCACCCUACCGGGGGCAUAAAAACACAUAAUAACAUUCAAGUAAAAUGUAAUUAACGAAUUAAUGUCCACAUUAAAUAGAUGGUCAAAUCACAACACAUUUGAAUCCAAAUCCUUCUGUAUUGCUUAAAUGUUUGUUUAGAGCUGGUUCAUCGUGAUGAAGUACAAUGGUGCAUAACCAUCUUGCCAUAUGUUAACGGACCUUAAUAUGCGUGUCGUAUUUGCGGUCGUUGCUGUUGCAUUUAUUAUUAACCCGUUUUACACUUUUGUAUGUAACACUUACUUAUACUGUUUUUUAUGUAUACUUGUUGCACACAUUUCUCCUUGCAAGCACUACUUUCAAACGGUAGUGUCUUUGGUUUUAUGAAGCUCUUUUUUUAAUAAAGCACUAAAACAGAA